AUGUUCUCCUUCCGUUCCAGGAAUCGUGUGAGCAAGACGGUCAAACCGCUCAAGAGGUCGGUGGGUGAGCGUUCCAAGUUGAAGACGAAGCAGAAGCUAGACAGCCCGAUGGUGGGGAGUACCAUGAUCAGUCCGAUCAUCACCUUGGUGGUUGGCCCUGACCUACGGUUAUUCGCUGCCUAUGAGCAUGCCCUUCUCAAAUCGCCCUACUUCGCCAAGCGUCUCAGAGACCAGUUCUAUGAGACCUCGUCGAAGAGGCUGAAGCUGCCUGAUAUGCUGCCCGAGAUCUUCGCCUGCGUACUCGAAUACCUGUACACGGACGAUUACUAUCCCCGCUUGUGUAAGAGCAAGCACCACCAUUCCUGGGAGCUCGAGGAUGCCCAGGACACGCUCAACUCUGGUGGUCGCGGACGCGUGCCAUCCACAAUAUAUCAUCCUGGGGUGGACGGUAACUAUUUGCUCACAGAUACCGUCGUAUAUUGCGCUGCCGAAAAACUCGGCUUGGAGGAAUUGAAGCGCCUUGCUCUUAUCAAGCAAGGCCUCCGAUUCUGUGCCCUAGACGAUGUUCUCAUUCGAUCAGCUCGGUACGCAUAUGCGAACACCUUGGACACGGAUCACCGCCUUCGCCCUUUUUUCAUCGAGAUGAUAAUUCAGGGCCGUAAGAGGUUCAUUAGGAGUCCUACCAUGCAGAUGGAGAUGGGGCUUGGUGGGAGUAAAUUUUUUUUCGACCUCUUUGUUGCUAUGUGUAGACACGUGGAUGAUUUUGUGGAGAGGACCAAUAAGUCUUCUCCUAGAACCAUCUGA